UCAAUUCCAUCAGAUACAGCCACUCUAAACAGCUGCAACACGUGCGGCCUGAAAUUGUUUUGGUUUUAGCAGCAGCCUUUUUCGCAAACUAAACAGCCUUACCAUGAAGAUCCGCAAGAAUCAUAGAGGCAAGCACUACCGCUACAACGUGAACCGCAAGACGCUGAACAAAACGCGCAGCUCCACGGGCAAGAUCAAGGAUCCCAAGCUGAAGAAGAUGUGGAUGGAGCACCAGCGCGUGGGCACCAACUUCGCCGAGAUGGGCUUGGCCAAGGACGCCAACAAGGCCAUUUCUAUACCAAGCUACAAAAAGGACCGCCUUCAUGCGGCAAAGGUGGUCAACGGGUUCAUCGAGGAGGAGCUGGACGAGGACGAGCGCCGGGUGUUGGGCCUGAAGAAACCACCUGUGGAGGAGGCACCAAAACGGGGGCAUGUGGUCCAGGAGCUGGAGCAACUGGCCAGCGAGCGGGCAGAUCCCGAGUUCAGAUUACCCAAGGGCGUUGUGAAGGAGCUCACCUACUUCCUCAACAAACACAAGUUUAACUACAAGGCCAUGGUCGCGGAUCGCAAGAAUUUCGGCCAGUGGACCUGGCGACAGUUCCGCCUGAAAAUACGCAGGUUCAUGUCCAUUCCGGAGCAGUUCAACAUUUAUCUGGAGCAGGAGAAGCUGCCAGUGGGCGUGAAGCCGGACUGGGAGGAGUACGAGUCGGACAGUGAAUGGACCUUGUAAAUGAUUCGGAUCUAUCAUAUGCCUAUGUAAUGCCUAGAUUUAUCUUUUAUCUUUAAAUAAACAGAAAUAGAAACGUA